AUGCUCAGGGAAGAGGGCUCCACUAGGGCCCAGGUCGACUGGGUACCUGUCCCGCCGAAUUCGUCUCUUGCGUUUGAUACCCUUCUUAAAUUCUGCUCAUCGGAGGGUCUCCAAGCUGAGUGCCUCAUUGGACUUGCUUCUGUUUUACUCCUGACGUCCGUGGCAGGCGAUUUGCCGCCUCCAAAGUUUGCCCCUCCUGUAUCAAUUCCAGACAUUCCUACUCGCCCCUCCCAAAGGCAGGAGCAGGACAUGAUAUUCCAGGAACUGUUCCAAUCGAUCGACAAAUGCAUGUUUCUAAGCUCCACACGAGGCGCCCUCGAGUCGUUGCUUUGCAGUGCGUUCUUCGAUCCCUCCGUGUCCUGCAAUCUUCCUGGGGCUGCAUCUUUAGGAAUUAGGAAGGCCAUUUCGACAGCGAACACGGUUGAUAGCGAGCAGCUUCUCAAUGCCAUUACGUACAUGAGACCCCACUUGAGUCUCUUAUGGAAUGCUGCAAUUUGCAAUGACCAGGCCAAUGCGCUCCUAAAUAUGGCCCUCAAGGGCCUACCACCCAUAUGCCUUGUGGCGGGCUUCCUGACGGAUACGAACCAAUCCUUUCUCCAAAUCGAUUAUCACGAUUAUCACGUAAAACAUUUAGGGAAUUCUCAAGUCUCCCGGGCAAAAGAAUUUCAAACUUCCUUCUUUUGUCGACCAGAUAUCUCAGUACCAUGGUCGCCAGCGCCUCCAUUCGGGGCAACCACAGUUCAGAACCUCAGUCUUGAAGAUUCUAAUCUGUGUGGCUCCUAUUGUGUCGACCAGGAUAAUGAGCUACCUGAUGCGAAGCGAGAUCUUGCCGAUGAACAGUCGGGAGAAGCAACAUCGCGCUUGUUCAAUUGGCAUCGGGGCUACGAUAACGGCCUCUGGCUUGACGAAGGCGAUGGGGACGUUGAACUUAUUCGUAAACUGCAGACACACGCGUGGAUUAUCGAUCCAUACAUGGGAUGA